GAUGAGGAAAUGAAAGCCGUAAACACUGGAGCGUUCUGUGUGGUAUUCUUAAUAGUAAUUGAAAAAUAUGUCAAGGAAAUUAAAAAAAGAAGACUAUCAUCGACUGUACACCGUGACAGAUACAAGAACUCAUGAAAAGGGUUUUACGGAAUAUAAGGUUACAGCUCGGUUUGUGUCAAAGAAAAAUCCUGAAGAUGUUAAAGAGAUUGUGGUGUGGAAAAGAUACUCUGACCUCAAGAAACUGCACAGUGAGCUCUCCUACACACACAGAAACUUAUUUAGAAGGUUAGAAGAAUUUCCUGCUUUCCCAAAAGCACAAGUAUUUGGUCGUUUUGACGCAUCAGUAAUUGAAGAUCGCAGAAAUGCAUCCGAAACUAUGCUUCAGUUUACUGUAAACAUCCCAGCCCUUUACAACAGCCCGCAACUCAAAGAAUUUUUCAGGGGUGGAGAAGUCAGAAAACCUUUAGACUUGGCAUUUCCUUCAGUUUCAUCUCUGCCUCCCCCUUUAAUUCCGCUUCCACAGAGUAACGGAGAGAAAAACAAGCCAGAAACUGAAAUAUGUUCAGCUGUUGGCAUCUCAGAAUCACCCUUAGAAAAUGUUGAAGAAGGGACAGAAGCAUACAGUGAACCAGUUGAUAGCAUAGCACUUAAUGAAAAUUACCAUGAACAAGGAUGUUUGCCUUUGGAAGAUGAGGUUGACGGGGAUCACCUAAAAUCCCAGGAAUUUGAUUUGCUUUUUGAUUCUGGCGUAGAGGAGUCAGAAGACGAGAAGACCUCUUCAUCCUUUCUUUCUAAAAGUGACAUGGCUGCUUUUGAUCCAUGUGCCAUAGAAGGUCAACCUGAUUUAAACGAACAGUAUGAAAAUGAGCUUUUGUCAUUAAAUAUCAACUCAGAGAGUACUGGUGCAUGCAGUUCCCUUGUAUCUGAUGACGUGAUCAGGGAUUUCUUUGACUCUGGCAGUGUUAGCAAUCUUUCAGAUCUACAGCUCCAACAACUCCAAGACAAUGAAGACGAGACUGACACUCCGGGCAUUGAGACAGUGCAGGAGGAGUAUGUUGUGUUGGCUGUUGAGAAAAUUACAGUGGCUAUGGAAAAAGAAUUGGCUCAUGAAUACAGCUCAGCUUUUAACCUAUACCAGAAAGGCGUGGACAUUCUUUUGAAAGGAAUGAAAGGAGACUCUGAUCCAUCUCGGAGGGAGGCAGUAAAGAAAAAAACAGCAGAAUACCUGAAGCAUGCAGAAGCCAUCUUUCAGCAGCACCUUGCAGGCCCUUCUUGAGACCGCACCAAACGUUCCACUCAGGAUAAUGUUGAUGUCACCUGACAUAUUUUUUGACAUCUAUGAAUUUACCUUAAGCUACACAAUAUGUGCUAAAAGGUCUGGGAGGCUAGCUUCCCAAACUGCUUAUGUUCUAAGUCAACAGGUAUUCUGUUGGCUCAGUGAUAUUUAUUUUUUAGGUUAUAUUUAAUUUUUAUUUCCUAAAUUAUGUUUUGAAAAUAGUAAUUAAUGUAUUAAUACAUUUAAACAUAUAUUUGUGUAAGAAUCAUUUUCAUAGAAAACUUUGCCUAAUAUAGGUCCUGAUGUAUAAUGUAAUGAAUGUUUAAGAAUACCAGUCGGAAUGAAGAACACUAUUUAACUACUGUAAUCUUAAUCUACUGAAUUUGGUGAUCUUUUUCAAUUUAAAAUUGGUGAUUAAGCUAUAGCAUACAGGAACCUUCAAAAUCUAAGAUUUUUGUCAAAUACUAAAUGGCCAAGAGCAGUUUCAUUUUUAACCAAUGAAAAGGAAGAUUUCAAAAAAAGCAAAUGAUGUUAACAUUUUCGUACCUAACCUAUGACAGAGACUACUAAAUCAUUUAUUGAGAGGGGCUGGACAUUUGUAUGAUUGGGUCAGCAGAGGAUCAUGUGGAAAGUGUGCUUGUUUAAAAAAGUGUGAUGCUCAGUAAUGAAAUGCUAGCAGUUCUCAGUGUAGUUAUGAUUCCUUCAAAUGAAGAUGGUGGGCUUCUGUAUGAUGGGCACAUCUGCUUUUUAAAAUACUCAUAUGAAAGGCACAGAGGAGCCAUUCCAGGAUAUCUUAUUUUGCAUCACUCAAUUUAAACUAAGGAUCCCAUAUUGGGUUCAUUUUUUGACAUUUCUUAUGUUUUUCCAUUAUUUCUAUAUUUUGCUAAAUUUUUCCUGUUCUUUUGGUGCAAAGUGAAAUUAUACCAGCAGAGCAAAUAUUAAGCAUUUUAGUACAGACCCACAUUUGUAUUUAUUUGAAAAUUCCUUGAAAUUAAGCACAAAUGUAUUAUGUGGAAUUAGUUGAUUAUGAUAUCCUACCACCUCAGUUUUCAUAAGAUGUAUGUAUUUAUUUAUUUAUUUUUAAGGAUAAAGUUCAAAUUCUGGAAAACAGUAGUUGUUCCUGUUUAUUUUGGCACUUAAUACUAAAAAUGAUAGUCCUUA